AUGCUUCAUCAUGCAUAUUUUUUAUACUGUUCUCAGCUGGCACAGGCCGUAAUUUUGAAAGAAGUACAACGUCUACAUCAAGCUCAAGCCGCCAGUUCCGCUUCGUUGUUUGCUGCUGCCCCACCGCCUGAGCUUACCGCAAACGUUCAGGCUCGAGUUACCACUUAUGUAAGAAAGUACAUGGAAUCCAAAGGCGCCUUCUAUCGUAGAAGGGUCCAACAACCUCCUGUACAACUAAAAUCGCAACAACAGCAACAUCAAAACAUGCAUCCUUCUCAUCACCACCAUCAUCAUAAUCCUGUUGCUCCGCCAAGACCUAAUCUCCCAAACGUAUCGAUUCCUCCCCAGGCUGGAGGUUCCCGACCCGCAUGGACAAGCUCCGCCGGACCGGUGGAUCGUGUCUCUCUCUCACCGAAACCAGUUCAUAAUUUGGUCGGAUUUGACGGUCGGCCGUGA